AUGGACCUCCGGCCGCCUGGGGACCAAGACCAAGUUCUGGCCAGGCUUCGUGGCCCGCUGGCCGCUGACGACCCUCGAGUCCUGGACAUAUUACACCACCAAUACCUGACUCCGCCAUCCACCAGGCCCUACAAUCUGUUCGGAACUUCUAAUUUCACCAUGAGCAACAUACAGAAGCUGUAUAGCAACCAGCGGGGCGGGUUUUUCGUAGAAGCCGGAGCCUAUGAUGGGGAGAGGAUAUCGAACACCCUGCACUUGGAGAAGGAGCUUGGGUGGACAGGUCUGCUGAUCGAACCCGAUAAUGAGAACUAUAAAAAGCUGUUAACGAAGCACCGCAAGGCCUGGAUCUCCCACUCCUGUUUGUCGCAGGAGAGCUACCCAAAGGAAGAGGUGCUGAUCUCCCUUGUUAGUGGUGAUCUGAUUGGCAACGAUCGUCGGUAUUCCUCAUACCUCCAAGGAGUCAAACUCAACUCCACUGUCUACGACGAUUUCCUGAAAACAUCGGAAGAAUCUUAUUCUGUGGUGCAGUGCUUCCCUCUGGCGUCCUACCUGUUGGCCCUCAAGGUGUCCACAGUGGACUUCCUCUCCCUGGACAUCCAAGGGGCGGAGAAAAGUGUCCUCAAGAAUUUUCCCUGGGACAGAAUCACCAUCCGCGCCAUGGUGGUCGAGGAAGUCCACUUCAAGGACUUCAAUCACCAGUUUGUCGACGACAUGAAGAACAGAGGGUUCGUCUUGGUCGACAAAGCGGACAUAGACUAUUUUUUUGUGAAGGGAGAUGACCCACUCAUGAAGAAAAUCAGCCCAUUUUCAACGCCCUCAAAAAUAACCUCACUACCUUGA